UUGGAAAAAUUCUAAUACUUAAUAUAGGGUGCGUUCCGUUUCACGCAUAAUACGCAUGAUGCAUCGUUCAUCCUUGUUGUUUGUCAAACGUUAAACAAGGAUGAACAAUGCAUUAUGCGCAUCAUGCAUUGAAACGGAACGCAGCCAUAGAAUGAGAAGACCGGAAGAUUUCAUUUGCCUCUAUUUAAAAGCUUAGAAAUUUCGUAUCUAUUUACGUUUUACUUAUUUUUUUUUUUUUACUCCAGUUUGUUUAGUUUUUCUUUUUAUUUUCAAUUAAACAAUUUAUUAAUAAAAGAAUGAUGCGAUUUGUUAGAAAUUAAAAAUCGUGCGUUUUUAAUCACUGAAGCAGAAAGUGUUUAUUAUGUAUGCGAUGGAAGAAUUAACCUACAAAACGGUUGGUGCAGUGACACGACUGACACGUAGUCAUGCGUGCUGCACGCAAAAUGUGACAGUCCAAGUUGUACGCAGAUUGCACUUUAAUGGUAUUAAUUAACAUUUCUCAGAGCAAAUACCAACUAGCUCGUUUUCGUCAGUGGUCGACAGUCGGCGGACGUUUAAGAACGUAUUUAUGCCGCGGUUACAUCGAGGAGCAUAACCAUGUCGAAUCCGGAAAAAAAAUCUAACGAACCGUAUCGCCAAUUAGAAGAAUCACAUGGAGCCGAGCUAAAUGUUGGCGCUCAAAGUACGUCAAGCUGCUAUCCGAGCUUGGAGAACAGCACUGAACGGUCGAUGGAACUUUCCUCUGUUGUGGUCAUACCCGAUGACACCUUUACUGUGGCACAAGCUAUCAAUGCGUUAGGUUUUGGAAAGUUCCAAGUAAAAUUGUCUCUAUUUACGGGUCUUUGUUGGAUGGUGGAUAGUAUGGAGAUUACGAUACUGAGUAUCCUAAGUCCUUCCUUACAUUGUGACUGGGGCAUUUCUAGAUAUCAGCAAGCGCUGACCACAACAGUGGUAUUUCUUGGUAUGAUGUUAAGCUCUACUUUCUGGAAUAAUUUGAGCGACAGAUAUGGCCGUAAGCAAGCUUUAACUUUAUGUGCUGUGCUAUUGGCCUAUUACGCAUUUUUAAGUUCAUUUGCGCCAAAUUUUCUCUGGAUCCUGUUACUUAGAGGAGUUGUUGGAUUUGCUAUUGGUUGUGUACCACAAUCAGUAACACUGUACGCAGAGUUUUUACCAGCAAAACAACGAGCAAGAUGUGUUAUUUUACUGGAUUGUUUUUGGGCUCUUGGAGCUUGUUUCGAAGUGGCGAUUGCAUUAAUCGUUAUGCCCAAUUUUGGAUGGAGAUGGCUUCUUAUAUUAUCGUCUAUUCCUUUAUUUAUAUUUGCUGUAAUAACACCGUGGGUGCCAGAAUCUACAGUAUUCGAUAUGACAGCUGGAAGAACAGAUCGUGCAAUUUCAACAUUGGAACGUGUAGCUAGAGAAAAUAAGAAGUCCUUGCCUCUAGGGAGGCUAGUUAUGGAUCGAUUUUAUCAAAGUCAUCAUGGUCGAUUUAAAGAUGUUUUAAGCAAAGAAAUGUGCAGAACCUCAGCUUUACUUUGGCUUGUAUGGAUGAGUACGGCAUUCUGCUAUUAUGGAGUGGUAUUAAUGACAACUGAACUCUUUCACACAUCCUCAGAGCAAUGUAGCACAUGGGGCACAAACAAUGAUGAGGGUACAUGUCAACUUGACUGUCGAUUACGACGUAGCGACUACAUCGACUUACUUUGGACGACAUUGGCGGAAUUUCCUGGCAUAUUUUCUACCGUUUAUGCGAUCGAAAAAAUAGGCAGGCGAAAGACAAUGGCCUGCCAGUUAGUCAUGUUCGCUGUAGUGAUUUGUUUCUUAGGCAGAUCCUGCUUAUUGAGCAGAGCAGCGUUGACCAUCGCCGUUUUCCUAGCCAGAGGCUUAAUUGCUGGUGUGUUUCAAGCUGCGUACGUUUAUACACCGGAAGUGUACCCUACACAUUUGCGAAGCAUAGGUGUAAGCGCGUGUAGCGCUAUGGCGCGAAUCGGUGCUAUGAUUACUCCGUACAUAGCGCAAGUAUUUUUACAAUGGUCUAUCACGGGAGCUAUGAUUAUUUAUGCGACAACCGCUUUGUGCGCUGCAAUUGCUACACUUGCUCUUCCCGUAGAAUCGAAAAAUCAACAAUCAAAUGAUGCGUGUCAAGAAAAUAGAUAGACAUUUUUGUAAUAUAUUUUAGUUUAUUUGAUCGAAAUUUACCAUUAUAUUGCAUUAUUUAGGAUACUUUUGUUCUCCUUAUUAUGACAUUAUGACGUAUCUACAUUAUGAUCCGUGCGCGCGCGCGUGUGUGUGUGUGUGUGUCAUGAUAGAUAUAUACUCUUUUAUAUUUACACAAUCAGCUCUUGAUUAAUUGAGAACUCGUCUUGUGUAAUUCAUGUAUCAUCAUACAUAUCUAUGAAUGCGUAUCUAUUAAUAUUCAAUUUAUUAUUUAAAUUAUAAUCAAACAGACAUAUCUUUGUUCUUGUAAGCUAUAUAAUACGUAUUGUAUAUAUAUAUUUUUUUUAUUCUAUUUAUUACAGUGCACAUAGUGUUAACAAGAAAAAUUUUUUUAUUUUGUCACAAGAAUUUUAUCAGAAUGUUAAUUCUAGAUUACACAAUACACAAAUGCAAAGACUGACACCUGUGCGGCUUUCAAGAAAAGUGCCAAAACAAAUAUUAAUCAUGAAUUAUGUUUAUCUCAAUUUCAUAUACAUAAUUUUCUGUUUUAUACUUGUUUCUAUGCAAUAAUAACAAUUUUACAAAUUUGAUGACUUAAAAUUAACUCUGUAUAAAAUUGACAAUAUAUAUAUAAUAAUCAUAAAUUCAAUUUAAGACUAAUACUGAUGAGUAUUAUAGUAAAAGUUGAAACUGAUAUUUAAUCUAUUGCGUGUGCACGAGUUAAAUUGAAAAAACUUUUAAGUGCAUAAACUAUUUUAUCUACAUUAUAUUAUAUUGGCUUUAAAUAAAAUUUAAAUGUAUUGUUAUGUAAUUAAUUAAUAUAAAAUGCUUAUUAUUUGAACAAAGUAGAUUAUUUUAAUAAAUAUACCAACAUAUAUAAUCCAAUAUAAUCUUUUGUCAAAAUUGAUAUCAAUUUUUACAAUUAUAUUCUAUAAGUACAAUUUUUACUACUGUAUAUAAUACUAUAAAUAACAAUAAAUCAUUUAUCAGAAAGUUAGAAUUUAA